AAUCACUCACAAAAAUGUUUGAAAAUUAAAAAAAAAAAUUAACUGAAAGCGCAGACCCAUGUGAAUAUAUAAUAUCUCACUGCACAGACGAAAUCGAAUGGCUCGAGAUCGCCACCGUGCGACAUCACUCAAGCGGAUCGAAUUACUUGGGAGAUAACCAAAGCUCCUUCAAAACUUGAUUAGUUUUUGUAAAUGUGUGGUGUUUCCUCCGCUAUCUGGUUCAUAAUUUUAUAGAAUCUUAUAUUAAGGGAGUUUGUAAUUAUGGAGAAAUCCAUUUUACGCACAACGUUAGUUUUCCUCUUUCAUGAAAGCAAGAUUUUAUUGGGAUAUAAAAAACGCGGAUUUGGCAGCCAAAAAUGGAACGGAUUUGGUGGAAAAAUCAUGAAAAGUGAAACUGUGCUAGAAGCAGCAUGUCGUGAACUCAAAGAAGAAUGUGGCGUUGAAGCUAAGCAGGAGGAUUUGGAGAAGUUUGGGUUAUUGCAAUUUGAAUUCGAGGGUGAAAAUUUAUUCAUUGAAGUUAAUGCAUUCAAAACAAAUUCUUUCGAAGGCACAAUAACUGAGUCUAAAGAAAUGAAGCCGCAAUGGUUUUCAAUAUCGGAAAUCCCAUAUGAAAAUAUGUGGGCAGAUGAUCCAAUAUGGUUUCCUUAUAUGUUUAACGAUAGGUCAUUUUGGGCAAAGUUCAUAUUCAAAGGCCGUUCAGAAAUUUUAAAAUAUGAUUUAGAAGAAAUAGCUGUUGAUAAAUUAGAUUCAAAAAAAUACCCAGAUUCAUGAUGACCUGACGUCUUGUUACUUAUCGAUCUUUAGAUCGGUAAGUAUGUUGAUAGGUAUUUGUCUGUUUGUUUGUCUGUUAGAUGCACGCGAUAUCUCACGAAGGCGUGGUUGAAUCUGCUCCAAAUUUUGCAUGUGCA